AUGAAGACCGGAGCCAUCCUCACGGCCCUCGUGGCCUCGGCCAGCGCCCACACCAUUUUCCAGAAGGUGUCCGUCAACGGUGCCGAUCAGGGCCAGCUCAAGGGCAUCCGUGCUCCUCCCAACAACAACCCCGUUCUCAACGUACAGUCCGGAGACAUUGCUUGCAAUGUUGCUUCGAUUAAGGACAGCAACGUCCUUACCGUUCCGGCUGGUGCCAAGGUUGGACACUGGUGGGGACAUGAGUUCGGCGGUGCUUCCGGCCCCAACGACCUUGACAACCCGAUUGCUGCUUCUCACAAGGGUCCCGUCAUCGUCUACCUCGCCAAGGUUGACAACGCUGCAACAACCGGGACAUCGGGGUUGAAGUGGUUCAAGGUGGCCGAAGCCGGUUUCAGCGGCGGCAAGUGGGCCGUCGACGACCUGAUCGCCAACAACGGCUGGUCCUACUUCGACAUGCCCACCUGCAUCGCUCCGGGCCAGUACCUGAUGCGUGCCGAGAUCAUUGCGCUACACAACGCCGGCUCCUCCCAAGGCGCGCAGUUCUACAUCGGCUGCGCCCAAAUCAACGUUACGGGCGGCGGUAACGCCUCGCCCAGCACCGUCAGCUUCCCCGGUGCCUACUCCGCCAGUGACCCCGGCAUCCUCAUCAACAUCUACGGCACCGGCGGCAGCACCAACAAUGGCGGCAGGGCCUACCAGAUUCCUGGCCCCCCAGCUGUUCACUUGCUCCGGCAACGGCGGUGGCUCUGGCGGCUCUACCCCCCAGCAGCCUACCACCACUGCUAG